AUGUCAUCACUUCCCCGGCCUCAAGUUGCUGCCUGUCUCCAUUCCAGCGUCCAAUCCUACGGACUAGAUAGCUUCCCAUACGAAUACCAACCAGAGUCUCAUUUUGAUCCUAUCUACCAAUACUCAGCCGACCUGAACUUGAACUUAUACCGCAAGGAAACAUACCCAACCACCAAGAUGGGCGACGCCUACGAACGAGAACAACAAAAUAAUGCCCUCCUCAACUCCCUUUCCUCGAAAGUCUCCGCCCUGAAAUCCGUCACGAUUGAUAUUCACGAUAAUGCAAGAGAUCAGGAUACGUUGGAUCAUUCGAAUCAAGUCUUCUCCUCCCUCUCAACAGGCCUGAAAGGCAGCGCGAGCCGAUUAACUCGCAUGGCGCGACAGGGCGAUACGGUGGCUGUGCUGAAAGUCGCGGGCAUCGUGGUCUGCAUCGGGGUGGCGCUUUGGGUGAUUCUGGGGUGGAUUUUUUGA